UUAUAACAAUCACCAAGUGUAUAAAUAUCACCCAUCAAUUCUAUUCAUCUUCAACAAAUCUUUAUUAGAUAUUUACAGUUUAGCUACACAUUUCACAUUACAACCUCCAAUGGCACUUCAAGCUACCUCUUCUUUCUCCGUCCACAAACAGGCAUCUUUGAAGGACUCCAGCCUACUUGGAGUACCACUGUCAACUCAUCUUAAGGUUGACUUCACUUCAUCAAAAUCCAAGGAAUUUAGCCAAAGGGGUGCACUCAAAAUACAAGCUGUAGCUACAAGUAGUCCAUCUGUAAUAAGUGCAUCACCAGAUGGGAAAAAGACCUUGAGAAAGGGCACGGUUAUUAUAACCGGAGCUUCGUCGGGUUUAGGUCUAGCCACAGCAAAAUCACUAGCAGAAACAGGGAAAUGGCACGUCAUAAUGGCUUGCAGAGACUUUUUGAAGGCUGAAAGAGUAGCAAAAUCAGCAGGAUUGUCAAAAGAGAAUUACACAGUGAUGCAUUUGGACCUUUCAUCAUUUGAUAGUGUGAGACAGUUUGUUGCAAACUUCAAGCAAUCCGGUUAUCCGCUUGAUGUGUUAGUCUGCAAUGCAGCGGUUUAUUUACCGACUGCUAAAGAGCCUACUUAUACUGCUGAUGGGUUUGAGCUUAGUGUUGGGACUAAUCAUCUUGGUCACUUCUUGCUUGCAAGAUUAUUGUUAGAUGACUUGAAGCAGUCAGAUUACCCCUCGAAAAGAUUAAUUAUUGUUGGUUCAAUCACAGGUAACACAAACACUUUGGCCGGGAAUGUACCACCAAAGGCUAACCUGGGUGACAUGAGGGGUCUAGCUGGAGGAUUAAAUGGGCUCAACAGCUCUGCGAUGAUUGACGGUGGUGAUUUUGAUGGUGCAAAAGCAUAUAAAGACAGCAAGGUCUGCAACAUGCUCAUGAUGCAAGAAUUCCACCGUCGUUUCCAUGAAGAAACAGGCAUUACAUUCGCUUCCCUGUAUCCAGGUUGUAUUGCAACAACAGGCUUGUUUAGGGAACACAUUCCACUUUUUAGACUCCUAUUUCCUCCAUUCCAAAAGUACAUUACUAAGGGUUACGUCUCCGAGGAGGAAUCUGGCAAGAGACUUGCUCAGGUUGUGAGUGAUCCAAGCUUGACAAAAUCAGGAGUUUAUUGGAGCUGGAACAACAACUCGGCUUCGUUUGAGAACCAGUUGUCAGAAGAAGCUAGUGAUGUCGCCAAGGCUCGUAAAGUCUGGGAGAUUAGUGAGAAACUUGUUGGGUUGGCAUAAACAGGAUUCCGGUUGAUUAACUUGGGUGAGAAUGUGAGUGUAGGAGAUGAAACAGGAAGUUUUUAUUUGUAUAUUAGGCUGCAUUGACUCAGAAGCUAUAAUAAAAGCAAUCAGCAUUUACUAGCA